UAUAAGUCUCUGUAGCCAUUAUCUAACAUACAUUUCUCUCUUAUAUUUCUUGUAAAAUAUUACUUUAGAGAGAGAGAGAGAAUGGCACUCGAAGCCAUGCCACUACAACAAGAUUUAUUUUGUUUCAACUGGAACUAUGAGUUUGAACAUGAUGAAAAUGGUUCGUUUGAUUUUCCAGAAGAUUACCAUUACCCGAAUUGGGAUUCUCCAAUCUCUCACCAAUUCCAGCAAUGGGUUCUUCCCAAUUCUUCUCCUUCGUCGGAGCUUUUGCCUUCAAACCCAGAAGAGCCGGCGGCGGCGGCGGCGGAUUGUGGCGGCGUAACCAUGCCGGCUCAUCGCCAGCGUAAGCGACGUCCAAGGACGAAGAAAAACCAGGAAGAGAUCGAAAACCAGAGGAUGACUCACAUUGCCGUGGAGCGAAACCGCCGGAAACAGAUGAACGAUUAUCUCGCCGUCCUCCGGGGACUAAUGCCGGAAUCUUAUGUCCAAAGGGGCGAUCAAGCAUCAAUCAUAGGCGGAGCAAUAAAUUACGUGAAAGAGCUAGAACAUGAGCUACAAUUCCUGAGUGGAACAAAGCAUGAAAAGGAAACUCAUCAUUCAUCUUCUUCAUCUUCUCCAUUUGUGGAGUUCUUCAACAUCCCACAGUACUCCACGGCCGGGAAUCUUGAAAGCUUGAGCGCUCCAAACGAGUUGAUCUCUUCCGGUUCCGGCUAUGAAGUGGCGGCAGGAGCGGCGGACAUAGAAGUGACAAUGGUGGAGAAUCAUGUUAACCUUAAACUCCGAUCAAAACGGCGGCCUAAGCUUCUGCCCAGAAUCAUCUCCGGGAUCGAAAGCCUUAGCCUCACUGUGCUUCAUCUCAAUGUCACCAAGGCUGCUGGUUUUCUUCUCUGUUCUCUUGCUCUUAAGGUGGAAGAUGGGUGCAAAGUGGCAUCUGUGGAUGAAAUAGCAGCUGCAGUGAAUCAGAUUUUAGGUAGGAUUCACGAGGGAUAGUUUGGUUUACUUAAUUUCACAACUCUUAAAAUUAUUUAAUUUCUAGAUUGUAUUUGCAAAAAAAAAUGGAAAUAAUAAUUUUGUAGUCAUUAUUUCAUGUGAGUCUUUUCAGUAUUUCUUAUAAUUAACUUUGCUAUGUUGGGACUGUACUAGUGUACUGACACUUUAAAGAAAAAAAAAAAAAUCUUGUAGCUUUUACACGUGUGAUUCCACUUACUAGUUCAGUCAAUAAAGAUUUCGAUUU